AUGGACCAUCUUGGUUUUAGGAGAUUCAUGGCUGCUCUCCAACCAUUGUUCCAAGUUCCUUCUAGAAACAUGCUCAAGAAAGAGAUAUCUGAAGUUUAUGAUUCUGAAAGAGAUUUGAAAUUGUUUGAUAGUUUUGACGGAAGAGUGGCCAUUACAUCAAACAUGUGGACUUCAAGCAAUCAAAGAAUGGGAUAUUUGGCUGUGACUGCACAUUAUAUUGAUAGUUCUUGUACUUUACAAAGUCGUAUUUGGAGGUUCAUAUAUGUUCCUGUUCCUCACUCAAGUGAUAGACUUUGCAAUGCAUUAGUUGAAUGUUUGAUGGAUUAA